AUGGUUUCUGGGAGGGCUCUGAAAGCAGCAGGCUGCUCGCAAUGCCGCACAUCACUUCUGAGACUGUUCAUUACCCCUUCGGUGACUCCACUUAUCAGAUCUCCGCAUACUACCUAUGCUUCGUGGCGCACAGCUGCCAACUCCAGAGGCAUCGCUCGCCUUUAUAGUUCCUCCUCUACUCCCCCAGACCUGGACUCCAAUCGGGUUGAUUUGCAAGAUUCUCAGCUCGACAGACUUGAAGCCGCACCAGAUGACCAGCCCAUAAACGACGGCGAGCCAGCUUCAAGCCAAGCGGCUGUACCAUGGUAUCUUGAAGUUGAUCCACCAAGACACAUACCUGUCGCUGAACCACCGCCAUUGCCCGAUGUGCCUGAAGGUUCGCCGCCUAUCAUUCCUACUUUGCUGAAAUAUGCUUCCGAGGAGAUGGGCCUUGACGAUCUUUCGCUUCUGGAUUUGCGAGAGCUUGAUCCACCUCCAGCGCUUGGCCAGAACCUCUUCAUGCUUUUUGGCACAGCCCGCAGUGAGAGGCAUCUGAACGUGUCUGCCGGUCGUUUGGUCCGAUGGUUACGAGCCAAACAUCGCAUCAUUGCUGAUGCUGAUGGCUUGCUGGGCCCGAAUGAGCGCAAGACUAAGCUCAAGCGGAAAGCGAAGAAAGCAAGGCUGUUAGGGACCAUGGGUACAGACGACACCGAUGAUGGCAUCACCACCGGCUGGAUUUGUGUCAACAUGGGUACCAUCAACCGCUCGAACGUGGAGUCUGCUGUUCUUGCUGAGGACGGUCGAAUUGCUGGAUUUGGCGUACCACAAACAGGGUCGACGAUUGUCGUCCAAGUUAUGACCGAGUCACGCAGAACAGAACUGGGCCUAGAAACUUUAUGGCAGCGGACUCUAGACCGCCAGACCAAGCAAGAGCCCAACAAGGAACUUGGUAACGUCGAGUCAUCCGAGCAAAUUGAUACCGAAAGAGAUACUUUGUCCCAGGCACCAUCUCGACCUACGUCCAAUGUCCCUUCAUCCGCAUUCUCUUCCUCAGGCCAGUCCCGGUCAUUCUCGACCAGUCAAAAUCACAGGAACGAUCCUCAGCGCAUUAUUUAUGCCGAGGAAUCGCACUUAUCUCCCGAGGCUGAGGGGCCCAUUCUAGGCUCUAAACUCUACGAGCUUUUUGGACCAUCUGAAGACACUAGAUCUGUAAAUGAGUGGUGCGAUGUGUCGUCAACACAUGGUGCCUCUGCUUUAUUCAAGAAUCUAUUGCACGACGGUCCUUCCAAAGUACGAACGAUUGAGCUUCUGAAAACGAAUAUCAACAACUCAUCGGCAGACGAGGCCUUUGCGAUACUUCGGUCCGCGUCUUUCAGAAAAAUCUCUCAAAUGUCAAUGCAACACCUUCCAACAGAACAAACGUGGUCACUCCGCUUAAGCAUUGAGUCUAAAGCCCGUCAGUUGGGCAUGGAGGAACACCAGUCUCUUGACAAAACAAGACAGCUCAUCAAUGAGCUUAGGGCAUGCGCAAUAGCUGCUUCGAGGGAGGAAGUGCUACAGCUGCUUGGAUGCAUCUAUGCUUCGCCAGGGCCCAAGCUGCAAGAACAGACCAGACUUGCCAUGGACCUUUUGGAGUCUGUGCACACUCGAGGCCAUCCGAUCAUUACCAACGAUGUCGUUGUGUCCAUCAUAGAAGGCAUGUCGUGGUCUGGGAAGCCCACUCCAAAAGCCAUUGAACUUCAGAUGAGGCUCGAAGAUCUUAUGGCCCAAGCCAAACUCCCGUAUAUGGGUGAACCACUUCUCCUGAGGCUUAUGGAUGCAUACGCUCGACUAGGGCGAUGGGAUCAGUUCUGGGAGACGUGGCGCCUCCCGCCUCGCUUUGCUCAGCCUAGGUCCGAAGCCCUAUAUCUUCAUACCUUUAGACUAGCUGUAGCUACGAAGGACCCGCGUAUAUGUACCGAAACAAUUCACCGCUGUUUCCAGGAGAUGAUCAUAGAGCACCCACCAAUUGAACUCACAGGGCAAAUUCGCAACGCACUUCUGGACUGUGUCCGCGUGGCAGACCCCAAGGCGGAAGAGCAUGCGGACACAAUCCCAGCUAACGCGAAGGGAUUCGCGCAGAGUUUGGUCGGACGAGAGUUUGUGAAACUAGUAAAGGAGUUGAAGCUAUUGCGCCCCCGUAGGCAGCUAUCAUGA